AUGGCUAUGGACAUGAAAGAACUUUGUCGUUUAUGCGCUAAGAAAAACGAUUUUUCGAAGGAUUUAUUGGAUGAAAGUAACCGAAAUGUAUUAAAAUUAAUACAAGAUUUUAUACAAAUCAUCGUCUAUGAUAACGACACUUUACCCACUCGAAUUUGUUUAGAUUGUGAGGAAAAAAUGGUUUCAUUUCAAUUAUUUGUACUUGAGUGCUAUAAGGUUCAAGAAACUCUUAAAAAAAUGUAUGAAGAUAGUUUUGAUUCUCUCGGCAUAAAACUUGAAAAAAUGCCAAUUGAUUAUGGAGUUCCUAUUAAAUCUGAGGUUAAAGAUGAGGUCACUGCAGAAGAUAUUGUUAGUGCACUGAAUAAUGAUGCUUCACUGUCAGUGAUAGAUGCCUAUCCAGACAGUAGUGAGAACAACGACCUGGACAUUCACAAUGAUGAUGUUGAUAUUGAGCCUAAUGAAGAUGAGGAAGAUGAUACUGAUGAUGAAUAUCUUGACAAAAUAGCUAUUGCAGCCUUGAAGCCAGUAAAAAGAAAACGAAUUAAAAGAAAGGAAAUAACAGAAGAAGAAGCAGAGGAAUUCAACCAGGUUUUAAAGAAAUCAAAUUUAAAAGUUAAAGAUUUUGUAAAAUUACAGUGCACUUUUUGUGAAGAAAAACUAAAAACUUGGAGUGGUUUACAUGCGCAUUAUGCGAGAGAGCAUAAAAGUGAACCUUAUGUAUUUUGUUUGUGUGGUUUUGUAGUACGAUCAAAAAGUGUUCUUUACAAGCAUGUAUCAGAUCAUAAGCUUGAAAGUAGAAAAUUAAAGAUGAAUUCUGAAACGGAUGAUGAAAAGCAAGACGUCAAAUAUUCAAGUUUAAAUGUAAAAGAUUUCAUAAGAUUCGUCUGUCCCAAAUGUGAAAAAGAGUGUUCAAGUUGGUACAGUUUAAAAUCUCACUGUGACUCAGCUCACAAGAUAUUGCCAGUAGUAUCUUGUAGUUGUGGCAUCACACUUAAGUCAAAGUCAGUCAUGUAUAAACAUGUACAGGACCAUAGGAAUCCGAAUGUGUUGGCGUGCGACAAGUGUCCACGCAUCACGAAAACUUUAGCAGCUUUAAAUAAACAUAAGAUGAGACAUAUACCAAAAUCUGAAAGGAAAUUCUGUUGUGGCUCAUGUGAGAAAAUUUUUACUUCUAAAGACGCAUUAAAAUCUCACGAAAGAUCACAUAUACCAAUAGAGGAACGUAAAAUUUAUCACUGUGAGGCGUGUAAUAUGAAAUUUACAACACGUUCAUCGGCAGCAUCUCAUAAGCGGGUGGUACACGACAAGAUAAAGGGAUACGUAUGUGAUCUCUGCGGGUACGCUUGUGGCACUAACGGCGAGCUACGACAGCACCGCGCCAUACACAGCGACGAGAAACCUUUCGUGUGCAGAAAAUGUUCUAAACGUUUCAAAACAUAUUCGAAUCUCAAGACUCAUAUGGACACUCAUGAAGAGACAUCAUACGAGUGCUACAUCUGCAGACGUGUGUUGAACAGUCGUCGUACGCUCCGCAAACACCUCCUCGUACACGAAGAUAAGUGCAGGCAUGUUUGCUCUUACUGCAAUAAGGCUUUCAAGAGGAGACAAACGUUAAAGGUACACAUGUACACACACACUGGCGACAAGCCGCUGACGUGCAAGUGGUGCGACGAGCGUUUCUCGUACGCGUCGACGCUACGCUCGCACCGCUUGCGCUGUCACCCGGACAAGAUGGCGCAGGCGCAUGAUACCUAUACUACUUACAACCAUGUCGCAAUGUCGCAGGAGGAUUAUAUUAAGAACGAUCUUUCAUCUAUAAGUGUACCUGUAGCAAAGAAUGAAGUUGAGGCUAUGUAA